AUGUACCCUGCCAUGGAUCGUGCAUGGAGUCCAACAGUGUCAUUGGCGGGCACAACGUCGUGUCAGAACCCGACACAACGUCGUGUCACACAUCCUAGCCGUGACAGUAGUAGCGUUACAGGGCUCCGCAGCAGCGAAUCGCGGCCUCGUUCCCCCGAUGCAGUCGAGAAGAGGAAUGUUACUCUCACGAAGGCAAAUCAACGUCUAAAGAAUCGCAUUACUGAACUAGAUGAGCAUUGCACCUAUCUGCAACAAGAGAACCAUCGAUUGCACUUGCUACUUGAACAGGAGCAAGCGGGAGAUGUGUAA